AUGGCCAACGAUGCGCCUGCAGGCCAUGCCCCGGCCAAGGAGGAGGACGAGUCGUCGCUGUCGCCGGUGGAGUCGGAGUUGAGGGUGGAUGAGAGUAGGAACGCGACCGAGAAAGAGGGCAGAGAGCGAGAAAGCCGCUCCCGGCGCGCCUCCGCCACAGCAGCCCCCAGCCACAGCUCCAGCCACACCGCAAGCACCGCCGCGCCCAGCCGUCGCUCGCGCCGCAAGAAGGACGACAAGGAACAAAAGGACGAAGCAGAGCAGAAGGAAGAGAAAGAGAAGGAGAAAGAAAAGGAAAAGGGCAAGGACAAGGAUAAAGACGCCAAAGAAUCCAAGGACAAGGACGACAAGAAGGAGUCCAAGCCGCGCAGCUCGCGCCGCUCCCGCGAGAAGUCCACCAACGCCAACAGCACGCCGGGCUCGUCGCGCAAGAAGCCCAAGCUCGAGCACACGCCCGACAAGGACCAGCCCAGCGCCGACAAUCAGAGUCAGAAUAAUAGCAAUAACAGCAAUAACAGCACCGCUGCCGACGCGUCACGCCACCCCUCGCCCGUACCGCUGGCGCCUGCCCAAAACGGAAAUCGUGAAGCUAUUCCCACGUCUGCCUCCCGGCCAUCCCAACCGCCGCAGACACCUGCGCUGGCCCCGGCGCAGCAUGCCUCCGGUGCUCCUUCUCCCCCGCGGCCGUUCAGCACCUCUCUUGCGCCUGCACCGCCGCUAUCGUUGACCUCGUCGUCGACUCCGCCUCAGCUGAUCCCGUCGCAGCCUCCGGCGCAACCCAUCCAGCCCGAGCCUCAACCCCUGCAGGCGCAACCCCGUCCGCCUUCCUACCACUCUCCGGCGCCGCCCCAGCCUCCUCCGCAGCCGUCGCCCCAGCGAUCUAGCGGCCGGAACUACGAUCCCAUCCGCUCUGCCUUCGAGAACUCGGCUCCUCCUCCUCCUCCUCCUCCUCCUCCGCCGGCUCCGGCUCCAACUCAUGCUGCAUCGC